AUGACUACUCAGUUGAAUUCCAUUGAAAUUUUGACUAGUAGCAACUACAAGAAAUGGAAACAGGAUGUUGAAAUAGUGUUAGGUCUGAUGGAACUGGACUUUGCAUUGACUGAACAGAAACCUACUGAACCUACAACUACUAGCACUGCUGAUGAAAAGGCUAAGUAUAAAAAAUGGAUGAAGGCUAACAAAUUGAUUCUUAUGAUCAUGAAGAGAUCAAUUUCUGAUCACAUAAAAGGUAGUGUCCUUGAUCACAUUAUGAAAUUGGUUAACAUUGCUACCAAACUGAACAAUUUAGGUGUAACCAUUACCGAUGAUUUUUUUGUUCACCAAUCUCUGAGGUCCCUUCCUGAGCAGUUUAACCAACUUAAGACAACCUAUAAUGCACAAAAGGAUAAGUGGAGUGUUGAUGAUCUUAUUACUGUUUGUGUGGUAGAGGAAGGGAGGAUCCAAAAGGAGAAAGUUGAGGGUGUAGUGAACUUUGUUAGUUCGUCUAGAUCAGCUGAUUAUCCCUCUUAUAAAAGAAAAGGUGGACCCAAAUUUCACAAAAAGAAACAUGGUCAUUUUCAUCAUCCAGGUGGUAAUAGUGGUCAUACUAAUAAUCCUGGUGUUAAACCAAGUCUUAUUCAGUUUCCUUUAAAUUCCUGGUGGUUGGAUAGUGGUGCAACUGUUCAUGUAACCAAUGACUUGCAGGAUCUAGUAAGCAGACGGAAGCCAAAAGAGGAUGAAGCCAGUGUUGUUGUGGGCAAUGGACUCAAAGCAAAAGUAGAGUUUAUAGGGAUAUCUAUUUUACCUUCUAAGAAUAAUUCUAGUAUUCGUUUAGAAAAUACUGUUUUUGUACCGUCUAUGAGACGGAAAUUAGUUUCGGUUUUCCUUUUGGACAAAGCUAGUUAUUCAUUUCAACAAAAUAAUGGUAUUAUUAAAAUUUCCUAUGAUUCACAUGUUGUUGCUGAUGCUUUUUAA